UAAGACAUCAGGAAGUACAGAAGAAAGCGAACCAACGAAGACCGAAACCCGACGGGCUGAAGUUUCACUGACAAGUUCGAGCUUUUUUUUGCGGACUGGCCGUCAUUAUUUCUUCGCCUAACUGUUGGACUCAAUACAAGUCGCGUCAAAAUGUCGCAAUUGGAAAAACAACUCUUCAAUUUAAAGUUCGCCGCCAAAGAACUCCAAAGAAAUUCCAAGAAAUGUGACAAAGAGGAAAAAACCGAGAAGGCUAAAAUUAAGAAAGCCAUCCAGAAGGGGAAUAUGGACGUGGCAAGGAUCCAUGCGGAAAACGCCAUCCGACAGAAGACCCAGUCUUUGAACUACUUGAGGAUGAGUGCUCGGUUAGAAGCCGUGGCAGCGAGGGUCCAAACUGCAGUUACAAUGAACAAGGUCACAAAGUCUAUGGCUGGAGUGGUGAAAAGCAUGGACGCCACUCUGAAGUCUAUGAAUCUGGAAAAGAUUUCCGGUAUCAUGGACAAAUUUGAGCGCCAAUUUGAAACUCUGGAUGUUCAGACAGCCCACAUGGAGGACACCAUGAGCAGCACAACAACACUCACAACACCACAGAAUCAAGUGGACUCAUUGAUGCACGAACUGGCUGAUGAAGCAGGAUUGGACCUGAACAUGGAGCUCCCUCAGGGACAGACGGGAUCAGUGGGUACCAGCGUGGCCUCUGCGGAGCAGGAUGAACUGUCUCAAAGGCUCGCCAAACUCCGAGACCAGAUGUGAAGGACAUCUGCAUUGGACUCGCACCGUCCUGAAUAUUACUCCCACACUGCUUUUAUUGAAAUUGUGUCUUUUCUCCUCUUUACAUCUCGCGUCUCUUUGUAGAGGAGCUAUUGUAUCAUCGUUUUGUCCCGCGGACGCUAGCCCUCGUUGGCUGUAUAUUAAUAAUAACCUUUGGAUUUUGUAAACUAACUGAGAUUCUGGUUAUUGAAAAUGUAUUUAUUUCUUAAAUAUACAUAUUUACAUGUGAGGACGCUCUAAUGUAACUUUAUUGUUUGAUAUGUAUACUUAAGAACUUCAUACAUUUUGUUAAAUUUAUAGAGCGUGGCAGUUGUUAUGUUAUUCACAAGACAACAUAUUAUAAAGGUUGAAUAAGCUGAUGGUUUUGGAGUAUAUAAUGACAUGGUAUCUUAAUACGUGCAUGAUUGGAGAAAACGUAUAUCUGCUUUUUCUCUUUGUUUCAGAGUGUGAAAGACUUUCCCCCUUACUGUUGAACUGACUCCUUGUUUAGAUUUGUUGUAUUUUAUUUACAAGGAAUAUUUCAAGAAGAUACCGGACUAAUAGUCUGUUUAUUCGGUCAUCUUAAGCAUAUUCACUGAUCAUUUGGGAAGGGGUUACAGUAUGGAGACUACAUACUGUAAGUAAAUAAUAACAUUUUAUAAUACUUUCAUCUCGCUGCCUUUUUAAUCAUAAAGUAACAUUUUUGUUC